CUCAUGGACAUAUUCUCCACUCUCACCUUUAUAUACAUUAUAUGUUACAUGUUUAUAUAUGUUACAUGUUUUAUUCUCAACCUAUCUUUCACUGUUUCUAAACAGGUUCUAGAGAAGAAGGAAGAAGUUGAUAUUUCUUCUUAAUCUACUUUACAGUUCCAGUAUCAAUGUGCUACUUCCGUGUCACGAUGUUGAUGAGGAAACUGUCAUCUUACAGGUGCCACAAGUUGAGCCACUCCUAGUGUAUACAGUAAGUUUCUGCCAACUCGUGAAUACACCAUGCCUAUAGACCAUGCCCACUAAAGUAAAUGAUCACACCUCUCCUUUUAAACGUGUGAGAUGUGUGUCAUUUACUUGAGCUGAGGUCGAGGUGAGACACAUUCAAUUGAGCAGCAGUCUUCUUAGCUGUGGUCUCCAUUGAUACUAAUAUCAGAUAAAGAACAAGACAUCAUAGAAAGAGAAUACCAGUAAUGGCUGCAGUUUUCUUGUCCAGAUCUAAGAGAGUGUUCAGGAACUUGUCUCUGAUCCUAUUGAGUGGAUCAGUCUCUCUGCUCCUGUGGAUGGCUCUCAGGCACCCGCCUGGCUCAGACAGGGGUCCUCUCCCCACUCCGGAACUCCUCCCGUCGGACUACGCUGCCGACCUGCCGGCCUGCUCAGCCAUCAUCCGAGGAGACAUGGAGGGUCCGGAGUGGGAGCAGCUCAGCCUCCUGCUGAAGACCAAGAAGAAGCAGCAGCUGCUGUCAGAGGAGUUCUACCACAACGUAACUCAGGACUGUCAGAGGUACGUUGCAGACAGAGGGUUCAUCACCGUUCCUCUGAGCCAGGAGGARAAGGAGUUCCCCAUCGCCUACUCCAUGGUCAUCCACGAGAAGAUUGAGAUGUUUGAGAGGCUCCUGCGUGCUCUGUACACUCCKCAGAACGUCUACUGCGUCCACAUCGACCAGAAAUCAUCCRAGGACUUCARGAGUGCAGUGAGGGCUAUCGUGUCCUGCCUACCCAAUGUGUUUGUGGCCAGUAAGAUAGAGAGUGUGRUCUAUGCCUCCUGGUCCAGAGUGCAGGCUGACCUGAACUGUAUGGAGGACCUGCUAAAGUCACCUGUCCAGUGGAGGUACCUUCUCAACACCUGUGGAACCGACUUCCCCAUUAAGACCAACGCUGAGAUGGUUCAGGCCCUCAAACUGCUGAACGGRAARAACAGCAUGGAGUCAGAGGUCACCAACGACUACAAGAAGGGCAGAUGGCAGUUCCACCACAACGUCACGGACACAGUGGUCAGGACAGAGGUUAAGAAGACCCCUCCACCAAUCAACACCCCCAUGUUCUCUGGCAACGCCUACUUCGUGGUAUCCAGGGCCUUCGUCCGUCACGUGAUGAAGAGUCAGGAGGUCCGGGUCCUGCUGGAGUGGGAGAAGGACACCUAUAGUCCUGACGAACACCUGUGGGCCACUCUGCAACGGAUGCCCGCUGUCCCAGGCUCCAACCCCCCCAACAGUAAGUACCAGCAGUCGGAUAUGAACUCCAUGGCCAGGGUAGUGAGGUGGAGCUACCWKGCUGGGGAUGUGAGGAGCGGAGCCCCUUACCCACACUGCUCCGGGACCUACAGGAGAGCUGUGUGUGUCUAUGGAGCUGGAGACCUGCAGUGGCUCCUAAACCAACACCACCUUAUCGCUAACAAGUUUGACCCCGAGGUGGAUGAUGUGGCGAUCAGGUGUCUGGAGUCAUACCUGCGCUUUAAAGCAACGUACAGUCUAUCAGUAAGGACAGUGGAAUCUAGGAAUACCUUACAAAAACUAUGAAAGGUUGUAGCUGUUUUUAACACUUUAACUCUAUUCUUAACCAGCUAGAGGGUGUUCUAUUUCUGAUGUUACUGUAUACUUCUGAUGUUACUGUAUACUUCUGAU